CCCCAUGAAAUGCUUGGGUGCCCCUCAGCAUUUUGCUAGCUAAACCUCAUUCUCUUUGUUUUGUUCUUAGGGAACUUGUUUUCAGAAAGAGAGAGAGAGAGAAAAAGAAAACAAGAGAGAGAGAGAGAAAUUGCAGACUGCAGCUAGAAAACAAAACCCUGAGGAUGUUUUAGAUGAAUGUUUGAUGAUGAAGAUAAUGAGUGGUUGUUUUAAGUUUCAGGUAAAUGCUUGAGAUUUCUUGGGCCACAGCAAGAACUUGUUUUCAACCAAAAGAACAUUAGAGAAGAUGAAGUUCAUGAAUGAUCAUCAUCACAUCAAUGCCGCUAAUAAUAACAGUCACUUGCUGGGUUUCUCCCUCUCGCCCGCCUUGAAGAUGGAGGCUGAUCACGGCGGCGCUCCGUCUGCUUGUUCAAUGGCUUCCAGCUUCUACCUUUCUCCUCCGCCAGGUAGUCUCUGUUACCCUGUUGCGGAAGCCGGCGGCUUCCAUUCUCCGUUGUCUCUCAUGACGCUCAAAUCCGACGGCUCUCUCUGUCUCAUGGAAGCUCUCUCCAGAUCUCAAACACAUGGUAUGGUGUCUAAUACAAGUCCCAAGCUCGAGAACUUCUUGGGAGGUGCAACAAUGGCGGACAGUACUCAAUAUGGGAGGGAAACCAGUGCCCUGAGUUUGGACAGCAUGUACUAUCCCCAAACCCGGCAGGGCGUUGAGAACCACGGGAGGGCUUUGAGUUUCCAUCUACACCCACAAACCCACCAUUCCAAUUACUACUACAACAACCUGCAAAGCCAAGAAAUGGCAGGAAAUGAGCUGAAAAACUGGGUUUCUGUGGGGCAUUUUGGGCAGGACGCCCCUGUAAUUUCACCAGCAGCUGGUGGGGCUGGGGGUGUUCUGAACUGUAAUGACUUUCAGCCUUUGAGCCUUUCAAUGAGCCCUGGCUCUCAGUCCAGCUGUGUCACUGCUGCCCCUCCUGUAAGUCAAAUCUCUCCCACGGAUCUCGAAUGUGUGGCCAUGGAGGGCAGGAAGAGGGUCUCCGAGGAGGUGACCACACCCAAACAGCCCAUCCACAGGAAAUCUAUUGACACUUUUGGUCAAAGAACCUCUCAGUAUAGAGGCGUAACAAGACAUAGGUGGACAGGGAGGUAUGAGGCUCAUCUUUGGGAUAACAGUUGCAAGAAAGAAGGGCAAACUAGGAAAGGGAGGCAAGUGUAUCUGGGAGGUUAUGACAUGGAGGAGAAAGCCGCGAGGGCAUACGAUCUUGCUGCUCUCAAGUAUUGGGGGCCUUCAACCCACGUUAACUCUCCGCUGGAAAACUACCAGAAAGAGCUUGAGGAAAUGAAGAACAUGACUCGGCAGGAAUACGUCGCCCACCUGAGAAGGAAAAGCAGUGGAUUUUCUAGGGGUGCCUCGAUGUAUCGAGGAGUGACAAGGCAUCAUCAACAUGGACGUUGGCAAGCUCGAAUCGGCAGAGUUGCAGGGAACAAGGACCUCUAUCUUGGGACAUUCAGCACCCAAGAGGAAGCAGCAGAAGCAUAUGAUAUAGCUGCAAUCAAAUUCCGGGGCGUUACGGCGGUCACCAACUUCGACAUGUCAAGAUACGACGUUCAGAAAAUCCUGGCCGGCAAUUCGCUGCCGAGCGGGGAAGUAGCGAGGCGGAACAAAGACCGGGAUCCAGCAGCCUCCGCUGCCGAGGGGGGUAACCUGUUGUUAGCUCUGCCGGAGGAUUGGAGGUUGAGCGGAGGCGGCGAGGAGGAGAAGCAGUGCUUGUCGGUGGCGGCAAUGCAGAGCCUGAUAGGGAUGGAGACGAACAAGAUGAUGAUGAUGAUGAGCUGCCAGUUGUCCAACCCUUCCUCCGCCGUGACCAGCCUCAGCUCCUCCAGGGAGGACAGCCCCGCUCCUAAUAAUCAUCCCCAGGCGGCGGCGGCGGCUCUGAGGCCAGUCGUCCCGUCGUCCAUGCCCAACUUCCCCCUCUUUGCUGCUUGGAACGAGUCCUGACUCUACGGACUCGAUCUUCUUCCCUGUAAAACUUUGAUCCCAAGAAAAAGAAAAGGGCAGUUUUUGGAAUGAAACAUUUUGGUAGUCAGUCUGACCCCGCCAUUGUAUUAUUGUAUCAUAACUUGUUUUUCUUUUUUCUUGCAUUUUGUUGCUUCUGGGGAGUGCUCAAAAUAAUGCAGGAAAUUUUAACAAAAGAAAAAAAAAAGAAAAGGUGAACAAAUUG